ACUCCGGGACGUAUGCUCUCCCAUUGAGGAGUUGGGGGGGUGGCCUCGCGCACUCGUGCGCUCGUGCCCACUAGAUAACGAGCUCAUGCAGAAGAAGCCCAGACGGAGUAUUGUGUGAAGCAGCACGCAGGGUAAACUGCGUUCCUCGCGUCAGGGCGGGGAGGCCAUGGAUCACAUAGGGAUAAGCUUAUUGGGGUCGCAUCUGCAACAGCAUGCGCACGUAGAGCCCAUCAGCUUUGGAAUUGAUCAGAUCCUCAGCAACGUGGAGCAUAAUUGCAUGCUGGGUGUUAAGAUGCACGAGCCAGACUACGGACACCCGGUGUACAUUGGCAGCGUUAGCGACGGCGGCAACAGCGGAGGAUUUGCGUGCGGCAACACUGGGUAUAAUGGCACUAGUAGCUCGUGCGGCGGGACUUAUCACAUGAAUAUGGAUGUCAAUGUGAACGGGACCAACGAAAAUACCGCUGGGGUUAUCCGUGUACCCGCACACCGGCCCCUGAACGGAGGGAACUCCAUGCCGCCGGUUAGCGCUACUAUCAACAACCUGACUACACUCACCUUCCCUUGGAUGGAGAGCAACCGACGCUACACUAAAGACAGGUUCCCAGUGUCACUCUCACCCCUCAAUGUAACACGUCGUGUAGGUCAUCCUUAUCAGACCCGGGCGCCUCCUAAGAAGAAGAAGCCCCGGACAUCUUUCUCUCGCCUGCAGAUCUGUGAGCUGGAGAAACGGUUCCAUCGGCAAAAAUACCUGGCGUCUGCUGAGAGAGCUGCUCUAGCCAAAGCUUUGAAGAUGACUGAUUCUCAGGUCAAAACCUGGUUCCAAAACAGACGGACCAAAUGGAGGCGGCAGACUGCGGAGGAGCGAGAGGCCGAGCGGCAGCAGGCCAACCGGAUUCUUAUGCAACUUCAUCAGGAAGCCUUUCAGAAAAACAUCAACCAGCCGUUGACCCCGGACCCACUUUGCCUGCAGAACAGGUCUCUGUUCGCACUGCAAAACCUGAAGCCCUGGACCGAGAAUACCGCCAAGAUCAGCAGCGUGUCGGCCUGCAAUUAGAGUCAACACACAGCCUGCAGCUGGUACCCGCAACGGCACUGACGGGCAGAUACAUGGGCUGUAGGCUAUAUCCCGCAGGACAUAUUUGAAAGACAGGUUAUCCCCCAACCUCUCUUCUCGUCCGCUCUCUACAGUUAACAUCAAACAUGCUUCACACAUACUAGAACUGCGCCGAUCAUGCCCUGAUGUGGAUCCCUACGAGCACGAGACUGAAUGGUAGAUUUAGCCCUGCACAGAUCAGACUGUGGACAUUUGUGGAAACAUUGUGGAGGUAUCCUCUGUCAGAGGACCAGCACAGACUGGUACUUUGACUUGUUGUAUUAUAGUGGGACUUGAUAUUUCAAUUACAGCAUAUUCCUCAUUAUCUGUCAUAUUAAAUGACCUUUUACUCAACUGCAAAAUAUCAGGGCACUUGUAUUCACUUGUAUAACACUCUUAAUUACAUAUUUAUCAUUUAAGUAUAAAUGAGCCUAAAGACAACAUCACAUCAAAAUACAAACAUAUUUAACGGCACUUAGCAGUUACAUUUAAUGCUGAGCGUACUUUUGACCACAGUGUAAAAUUUUACAUUUCCUCUUUCAUAAUUUUUUAUAUAAAUCUUUCACUUUAUUUUCCUAUAUCCACAGGGCAUAUUCUAUUUUAUUUUAACUUUUCCAUGUGUGCUAUCGCAUGUGUGUGUAUCAUAUUAUAAUUAAAAUAAAUAAAAAAUGUAAUAUAAACUGUUGGUAAUAUUCUAAUGACCAUAAUAUAUUCCGACGACUGAAAUAUAUUUUUCUCUCUGCAGUAUUGACAAUGGAAGUAUUAAAUAAGUCUGUUCAGCUGUAGCAAUUAGUCUUUUAAUUGAUGAGGCAUUUGACAGAGAACUAUUACAAAUAUUUUGAUAACUGAUUAAUCAGUCAAGUCAUUUUUUUAAUUGUCAAACAUUCGCUGUGUCCUGCUUUGAUGAUUUUAUUUGUCUUAUGCCGCAAAGCUAUCUUUGUGUUGAGUGUUGUUCAAAGACAUGUCUUAUGACUCAUGUAUAAUGUCAUGUUACUUACUGUAUAUUCAAUUACUUAACCCUUUGAUACACAAGCUAUGCAACAACUCCAUGUCAACAUGGGUCAAAAAUGACCCGUAUUGACCUACAAUGUUAUUUCAUGCACAGCUGAGUGUUUCUUUGCUAUAUUUUUGGAAAUCAAUUUAUUUCAUCAUUUAAUAUUCAAAGUAUUCAUUAAAUAGCUUGUUUUUGAUUACCAUAAAUCAUUAUUUUAAUUUGAUCUUUCUCAAUUUAUGAACAAAAAUAUUUUUUGUAUUUUUAUAUCAAGUUUACACACAUGGGUCAAAAAUGACCCUAUGGAGUUUUAAUAGUAAAUAUCUUUGCCAUAAAUUUAUUUCAUCAUUCAGAAUUCCAGGAGUUCCUCAAUUAACUUGUUUUUGAUCAUUACAAGUUCUUAUUUUCAUUUGUCCUUUUUUACUCUUUUAAAGUAAACCGAAACGCAAUAAGGUUAAAAUCAUUCAAAUCAGUGUUUUCCUCAAUAACUGUACAAUGUUAGAUCUUACAAUAUAUAGUCAUGGAUAUUCAUCAGCCGCAAUAAUUUACUAUAUUAUUGUACCCAUAUCUGAGAAUGAUGACAGUGACAACACAAGAUAUCCAUAAUCGGAAGACAACAGAGCAACUAUCAGUCGAGAGAUUGGUAACAAUUACGAUAAACCGUCAGACAAACCGAUUGCAGGAUUGUUUACAUAUUGACACAUCACAUUUUUGGUGAGCUUGUCCGCAAACAGCUGUUCAUUUUCACAUUCAAUAGGAACAACAUGAUUAUUUGGGACCGGUAUUGGUCAAUUUGGCCAUUCCAGUAGUCCCUCUUUUUUAAUAAUAAAUAAUAUGAUUAUAUUAUGAAAAUACACAUUAUAUAUUAUUCAUAAUAUAUUAAAUGUAUAUUAUUCAUUUAUAUAGCGCCUUUCAAGAGGCCCAAGGGCGCUUUACAUGUGCCAGUGGGGAUAUAAUACAAAAUAAAAACACUGCUUUUGGUCUCCACUGCCUCCUGGGACCUCAAAUAUAUGUGUAUUCCAUGAAAUGUUGUUUUAUGGCUGCAACAUGUAUGAAGAGCCCACAGGACAAAUUUCUCCCCGAGGGACAAUAAAAUUAAUCUUGAAUCUAAA